AGUGUGACACAAACGGUCCGCGCGUUGCCUUGUAAGGUGUAGAGCUUGUGAUGCCCGUGCGCGGAUGGCUCGAACUCGCUAAAUUCGAGCCGAGAUAAGAGUGACUAUACCGCGAUAGCCGGUAUAUCCGGACACAAAACUAAAGAGAAACAGGUGUAAUAGAAGAGUGUUGAGAUAAUUAAGAGCCAAGGACCGUGGGACACAGCUUAAAACCAUUAUACCGUGUAUACGUAAAAUCCGACAAUCCGUCAAAAAGCCAGACACCAUUUUCGUAAAGGGAAGAGCGUGUUAGAGAUUGGAAGAGAGAGUGAGAUAAAGAAGAGGGAUAGAAUAUAGUGAUAUACAGAAGUAAGUGAGAGAGAGCGUGAGAGAGGGAUAUACGAGAUUAUCGAAUGAGUUUUAAAACUGUACGAGAAGAGACAAAGACUCAAGCAUAACCUCAAAAGCCAGUGUUGCGUCGCGUCGCGUUUACUCUUCCUUCGCUUCACAGGCUAUGUUACGUAUAUAAACCAGUUAAUGCGACUCGAUCUUAAGACAGAAUAUAUUUUUACAAAGUGCAUCGCGAGUUUAAUCGGGCCUCUGCGUGUCGGAGGAUUUUAAAGGCUUUAAAGGAUUCUUAGAAAAAUAAUUAUUAUUCCCAUUCGUAUUAUACGUGUUUGGUAUAUACUGAGUUUUCUACCGUCGCACGGGAACCCGGAGAAGAGGUGCUCAGUAGAAGAUUAUACAGUUGAUGGAUGAAACUGGCAGGAUGCUGCAACACGGAGGUUCAGGUGUUGGUUUGAUGGGUGGUAAUCAAGGCCAGGGUGCCCAGAAUACUGGUGGAUAUGGAAGCAUGGGUCCUGUGGAUGGUUCGGCGGCUCAGGGUCCCGAUCAGACUGUCGAGGCCAGGAAACAAGACAUCGGUGAAAUCCUUCAACAGAUCAUGAAUAUUACUGAUCAAAGUCUGGACGAAGCGCAAGCAAGAAAGCACACGCUGAACUGCCACAGGAUGAAACCAGCUCUUUUCUCUGUCCUCUGCGAGAUCAAGGAGAAGACCGUACUCUCGCUUAGGAACACACAGGAGGAGGAACCGCCCGAUCCCCAGCUCAUGAGAUUGGACAACAUGCUCAUCGCCGAGGGCGUCGCCGGACCUGAGAAGGGUGGCGGUGCGGGCGCCGCGGCGUCGGCGUCCGCCGCCGCCGCUGCCGGACCACCUGGACAGCCUGAUAACGCGAUCGAGCAUUCCGAUUAUCGGGCGAAACUCGCGCAGAUCCGACAGAUUUAUCAUCAGGAAUUGGAGAAAUACGAACAGGCCUGCAACGAGUUCACUACCCACGUGAUGAACCUUCUGCGGGAACAGAGUCGCACCAGGCCUAUUACGCCUAAGGAGAUCGAGAGGAUGGUUCAAAUUAUACACAAGAAAUUCUCGAGCAUUCAGAUGCAGCUUAAACAGUCGACCUGCGAGGCUGUUAUGAUACUUAGGAGUCGAUUCCUCGACGCCAGACGCAAGAGGAGGAACUUCAGUAAGCAAGCCUCGGAGAUUCUCAACGAGUACUUCUACUCGCACCUGAGCAAUCCUUAUCCCAGCGAAGAGGCCAAGGAGGAGCUUGCACGUAAGUGCGGUAUCACCGUGAGUCAGGUGUCCAAUUGGUUUGGGAACAAGAGGAUAAGAUACAAGAAGAACAUAGGCAAGGCCCAAGAAGAGGCGAACCUGUACGCAGCUAAAAAGGCAGCCGCAGCUUUUGCAGGAGCGUCGCCGUACAGUAUGGGCGGUGCCAGUCAGGGCACCCCGACGCCUAUGAUGUCUCCCGCACCCCCAGGUGGACCCCAGGACAUGGCUGGCUACGGCAUGGGAAUAAACGGCAGCGACUAUGGCUCUCAACCGUACAACGACGGUUCCAUGGGCUACGACCCCAUGCACCAGGCGGAUAUGCUGUUUGCUUUCAGGAGCUGUCGCCGUGAAAUCCUUAGAAGACGCGAGAAGCUUCUUGAGCGAAAUUUCGUGACGCAAUUGCGAGAAAAAAAAACAGAAAUACGAAAAAAAUUAAUAGCCACGAGUUUACAAAUGAAACAGGAUUAAGAAUUAAUGCGAAAACGAAAAAAGAAAAAAAAACACGAAACUAAACCGGAGAUUGACGUCGCAAUACGAAGAGAGAAAGAGAAUGCUAGAAAGUUAUUAUAUAUGUAUAUCGUAAAUCCGAUCACCUCACUAUCUGUGAUCCCGAAUACUCGUCGCCACGAGAAUACUUAAGAGAGGAAGAAGAAGAAGAAAGAGGUAUAACGUGGCGGCCAGUAAUACGAAAUUAAAAAUCGGUAUAAUGAAAAUUAAACUCACCUUUAACUCGUCUCGAGUCCGGGAGUGGCGCCACUGUAGUUACCCAUGAGCCAUCUCUUCGGCCAUAAGAGACAUGUUCGUGUCCCGCGUCGUAAAAAAGUUGUAACAUUUUCUUUUCUCCCGACAGUCGUCACUGUAUACGCAAAAUCAAUUUGAAAAAUUAUUAUCGAGUCACUGGCACUCUUAAUGUUGGCGUACCUGCGCCUGAAAACCUCAGAAUAAGACACACUCCCGGUAUUGACGCGAGCCUAACCUCCUCAAUAUCAGGUAUUAUCCUAAUCCCGUGGAACGAAAAUAUAUAUCCUAUCCGGUAUAAGGAUUUCCUUUUCGAUUCCUUUCCAGAAUCCUUUCGUCCCCUCCUCGAGAACUAUAUGAGAGAUAAACGAUAACAAUAAAAGAUUAGGAACGCGGGAUAAAGCCGAGACGUACGAGAGCGACGCGUGAUGUGUACAUGCGCGACGUGAGUGAAAAUGGCGGUUAAUUUAAAAAAAAAAAAAGAAAAAGGCGAAAGAUAAAGGAACAAAUAAUCGAAGCAAUGGCCCUGCUACACAACACAACA